AUGAAAGUAUCAUGGAUUAGAAAAAGAGAUUUACAUAUACUCACAGCUGGAAUAUUAACGUAUACAAGCGACCAAAGAUUCCAGGUCAGCAGACCGGAUAAAUCGGAAAACUGGACGUUACAAAUAAAAUUUCCACAAUUAAGAGAUGCUGGAAUUUACGAAUGUCAAGUUAAUACGGAACCCAAAAUGAGUUUAGCAUUUAGAUUAAACGUUAUAGUUAACGUUCGCGUAAAUUCUAAUAAUGUUGACAUGUUGAAAAAGUAA